UGCUGGGCUCAGUCCAAACCCCAACCCAGAAUCCGUACCAGCCUCGUGGUGGUAGCUCAAGGUUACUUGCUGCAUCCGAUCUGCUCCUCCUUUCUGGAUUCUUCUGGGAUGGUCAUGCUAAACCUUAGUGUCAACUCUGGUUGCCCACAGAUUGGCAGCAGGUGCCCUUACUCGGGGUUCUUAAAACUCACUCAAUCCACCAUUACUAUUCUCCUGAACGCCUGCCUGCGCUCUUGCCCAGAAGCAAAUGUGGCAUUCUAUCUGGAACAGGAGACAGAAACAGAACCCAGACGCACCAGAGGGUCCGUGAGCAGAACAAGCAUGUUCCCUGUGACAACUAGAGCACCGCCUCUACCCAGCUGGUCCUGUGUACAAGAAUCUGCACGCUUCCUUCGUGGCUUCCUUCCUUCCUCUCAGUUCCUCCCUCACCAUCUUACCUGGGGGCAGGUAAUAAAGCAGGAGGAGGGAGAUGGAUGGACUGGGAGGGCGGGGAGCCACGUGGUGUCAUAAAGCCCGGCUAGAGAGGGCCUGUCCAGAGAGUGUCCAGCCAGCGAGCGCCAACAGUCAGAGUGGACCAGCAGCCCUUUGGACCCGAAGCAGAAGCUGCAGGGCCAGGGCAUAGGCCAUGCUCCGAGGCACGCCAGGACUAGGCCUCAGGGAACUGAAGCGGAGUGAGGGUUCUGUGGAGGACUUGGGUCGCUCUUGCCCCAAGGCUGGCAGGAAUUUUGGAGCGCUGAAUCGCAGCCUGGAUGAGGCAGAGGAGGCGGCAGGCAGAAGGCGCGAGCGGCCCGCCCGGUCCAAGGCGCGGCGCAUGGCGGCCAACGUGCGGGAGCGUAAUCGCAUCCUGGAUUACAACGAGGCGUUCAACGCACUGCGCCGGGCGCUGCAGCACGACCUGGGUGGCAAGCGGCUCUCCAAGAUCGCCACGCUGCGCAGGGCCAUACACCGCAUCACUGCGCUCUCCCUGGUGCUGCGUGCCAGCCCGGCGCCCCGCUGGCCCUGCAGCCACCUGGAGUGUCAAGGCCAAGCUGCUCAAGGCGCAGGCGCAGGGGACUCCGGCUUCAGUACUCCUCGGUCCGCGCCGCCGCCCCCAGCGCCUGGUCUCGUGCGCCGGGAUGCCACCAACUCCUUAGUGCCGCCUGCACCGCGCUGCGCUUCGUGCUCCCCGCACGCGCACUUGGGGCGGCCCAGGGUGGUGGCUGAAGGGCCCGGUUUGGCCCAGGCUUCCGGGGGAAGCUGGCGCCGAUGUCCCGGGACUCCCCCUGUUGGAUCGAUUCCGUGGCGGUGGGGCUCCGGGAUGGGCUAUCAGCACUCCUGACUCGCCUACCCCCCCCCCCGAGGGAAACCAAUUUAGCUGGCAGAAUGACGACUGCAAAAGUCUUCCCGGACAGAGCAAAACUAGAUGGGGUGCGACUUGGGUGGCUGCCUUACCAGUGGGAAGGAACUCUGGGGGCCAGGGCAGCCUUCCCACACCCUAGCCUGGGGUGCUGAAGGAGUGAGAUCUUAGGUUUGGACUUGGCCAACCUUUUCUUCCUGGAAAGUGGCCUCUGCUUUUCUGUGCCUCUGAACCCUCUUUGCUCUUGCUGCAUUUGGACAGUGGGACUCGUGGGAUUUUGUGGUGGACAGCUGCUCUGAUCUGAGGGCACAUGCUGUGGCCCUCUUACCAUGUCUGGGCUGCUGUUAAUCUGAGAGGCCGGAAAAACGACCAAAUAAAAAGGAAAGUGUCUUGUCCAUCCACCACCAGGGCUCCACUGAGUUCAGUUACCUAGUGUGAUAGGAAAGCCUGGGAACCUGAGGGUUACUUUGGAAGGGUGGGUAGGGACUGCAGCCCCCAGUAGGCACCCAUGCACUGGUGGCUUGGCGCAAUGAGAUCGGGACCCCGGUAAAGAGCCAUUAGAGAAAUUCCUCCCUGUGCUAGAGGAAGUUAACGGGGCAUCAGAUGCUAAGGUCAUUGUCAGCCUUACCUGUGAGUCUCCCUGCCGGACUGCUGUCUGCAGUGAACCUCAGUCUAGGCUGCCUUGAGAAGAGAGCCUGCGCAGGGAGGGGGAAGUUGAGGGCAAGGUCAAGGGGUCCGGUCAGGGACCAGAGCGAUAGGCCAAUAGAGAGAGAUAGACUAGGAAUCCAGGAAGGAUUUUGAGGAGUGUGUUGGGGAAGAGUGGUGGUCUUAGGCCAAAGCCAAGGGAGACACGGGGACACCUUUCCCUGAGAAUUAUGGAUAGCUGGCCAGCUGUCUAUAGGAUGGGCUCCUGCGCGGGGUGCUAAUUGCGGCAGGCACUCUUUGCUGGGCUGUUGCCACCUCUGAAUGGAGGUUGGACAGAUGCCAAGGGCAUGAAUGGACUCGGAGAUUGAGGGUUUCUGAGCACAGUCGAGACGAAAUUCAAGGUCACAACUGAAGCCCUCUGCUUUCUGUGACGGUCUUGUCUCCAGCCAUAGUCUUAAGGCUCCUGUUUCCACAGCCAAGGUUGUGAAACAGUCCACGUGAAGGCUUCUGCUCUGGGCCUAGAUAGGAACGAAGCGUGAGA